AUGAAUUCACAGCGGUCGGAGUAUCGCUCAUUGGCAGGUGGCGGCGAAGGGGGCCGGCGUCCACCAAUUCCCCGGAGGUCCGCCCCCCCAGAAGAAACGGAUGAUGUGAAACAAUCUCUGCUUCGCUACGUAGAUUUGGGCGGAAUGCGUGUGGAGGAACAAAUCCAGCGCGAGAAACUAGUGGAGGCUGUGGCCAUCAAAGAGGGCGUAGAAGAUUUGCGGGCGGUGGCGGAGGACUUUGCAUUACUAGUGGAACAGCAGCAGGAGCCCCUUGACGCCGUAAGGGUUAACGUAACUGCUGCGUUGGACAGCGUCGCUGCGGGUAGGGAACAGAUUGCCGAAGCCUCUGAGCGCAAUGCAAGCUCGAGGAAGCUUUUCUGUUUCUUCCCCAUUUUCUUAACAAUUGUUGCAAUUGGCUCGCUCGUUGCUCUCUUCUUCAAGGGGAAGAUUUAUAAAAACACCUGA